UUCCCUGAUGUGCUAGGUGACCCUGUCCUCCUUCCACUCUGUUUCUCUAUUUCAGGGUCUCUGACACGCCCCCAGGUCUCAACCCCUCGCUCUCUGCUGUCCGGUCUCUGGGUCUCAGAUUCUAAACUCUGAAUUUCUAUUCCCCUCCCUCCCCCCGCUUCCUACCCUCCUCUCCUUCUGGGUCUCCCUCCACCAUUUUUCUGAGCUUUUGUCCCCUUGGGGACUCUGCACUCUCUCAAAAGUCCUGUUCCUCCAUGCCUGGGUCUCUUACUCUAUCCAUCCAGCCACACACUAAUAGGCCCUCCAUUGGCUGCCUUCAGGGUGGGCGGGUUCUGUCACCCGGGGCGACAGCAACAACAAGCCUGCUCCUGCUAGGCUACGGGGCAGGGGUGGGACCAUGGCGGGUCGGACCCUAGCUCUGCGGUAUGGUCCCCCAUGGUCCCCCAUCUCUGGAACCGAGGUGCCCAACUGGCAUCUCACCAGCAGUGGCGUCGCCCACCACUUUAUCCCGCCCGUGUCCUUCCCCCCGCCCACUGUGCAGUCCACGGUCGCGGAGCCCCUGCCCCCAGCCGCAAAGCAGGAUUUGCAUGUCUGGGCUUUCGACGAGGUCAUCAGCAGAUGGGAAACAACCUCGGGCUCAGCUCUCGUGCCUAAGACCCACGGAGGACCCUACGCACAGCCCAAGGCCCCAGAACCUGCGAACCCCACCCGGACUGUGGGGAUCAAGGAUUUAGGGGAAAAACUCAGACACCGCGGCUGGCGCCUCCCUCUGAUCACCAAGCACCAGUGCAGUGAGACGAAGGCGCAGUACGGCUGCUGGCCCGACCUGGACCGGGGCCCCACCUCCUACUUCGGGCCCCAACCCCUAGAGCUUGCAGACCACCACCGAGGGGGCCCUUCCCAGGCUCUAAUCCCUUGGACCAAGAACCCCGAGCUGGCCGGCCUCACAAUUUCUGACCGGGGCAUACUGGACCGCCAUCAGCUCUAUCUGACCACGUCGGCCCGGGACUUUCGGCCCUAUUCGAAGAAGGAGUUGUCAAGCUAUCCUAGCAAGGAUUCGAUGACCUCAAACUUCGGGGAGACGCCCCAGGCCGGCGGCCACAGCCAGAAGCAGCUGCCCUGUCCGUCCUCCUCUCGGCCACCCCAGCCGCCGAAAAUCCGCUUGUCUCGCGGCCGCCCAGAGAUGCCCGUCGUGCCGCACCGCGGGGCGCUGACUCUGGCUCAGGAAUCCUACAACCUCCCGCUGCACCCACUCCGCCGGCUGGACCGUUUCUGCCCGCUGGAGCUGCCCUGGGGCGGCCCCCACUGGAAGCCCGUGUCAGGCAUCUACAGUGUGCCUCAUGCCUACCGCACCGAGAACUCCAACUACGGCAGCUUGAAGCCAGCGUUGGUCUGAAUCAGACCAGCCAGCCCCGCCCUGGACACGCCCCCGAGACGAGGCGGGGCCAAGCCUGGAAGACGCGACUAGGGGCUCACUGGGCGGUGCUAGGAGGGCCCCGCCCAUCUGAGGGCGAGCCGGAUCUUGGCCCUUGGGCGGGGAGAAUCUUUAACAUUCACUCAAUUGCGGGGGUGGGACUGAGCCUGGAAAAUGUACCUUGAGGUUGUUAAGACAAGUCUUCUGCAGCCGAA